AUGGAUCAACUUAUGAAACUCGCUGGUGAUGCUGGUCUUUCCGAAGAACAGGGCAAGACUGCAACCGGUGGCAUCAUGUCCAUGGUGAAACAAAACUUGGAUUCGGGCAGCUAUCAAAAGAUUGUCCAACAAGUUCCCGAAGUCGAAGGAUUGGUGAAAGAUAGCGACAAAGAAGCCACCGGUGGCGGCGGCGGUCUCAUGGGCCAAGCCAUGGGCAUGAUGGGUGGUAGUUUGGGUGGCGCUGGACAAGCUGGUUCGAUUGCAAGCUUGCUUACCUUGAUGCAAAGCAAGGGCAUUGGAGCCGAACAAAUGAAUGCGUUCAUGCCUCAAUUGGCUGCCUUUAUCAAAUCCAAGUGUGGAGUGGACAUCGGCAGUCAGCUUGGCGUCUCGGCAGAUGGAGCUGCUGCUCCUGCUCCUGCUGCCGGUGGUUUUGAUGCCUCUAAGCUCGGUGGGAUGAUGGGUGGAAUGUUUGGGAAGUAA